GUCAUCAUUAAAACAACUCCAUAGUGAAGCGAAGUCCAUAUGGAGAUUGGGAUGUUUAAGUACUAAGUUUGAAAUAGUCAUUCUUUGAACCUCUCUCACAUGUGUUUCCUGUUAGCUUUUUUUUUUUUCACAGUAAGAGGAAACCUAGGGGGUUGGUCCUGAAUGUGACUCAUCGUGGUUGCCCAGACUCAAACACACACACACACAUACUUUCAAAGCCCCUCUCGCACACACAAAGGAAGCGCUCUUCUCAAACCUAGAAUCGGGGAGUUACUUUUCUCUGUCAUCUUUACAUUCUUUGCUUGUUCUGCCGUCAGUUAUAGAUCUUAGGAUUUUGGAUUUCUGUGGAAGUCAUUUUUCCUCAGAAUGAUGCCAUAUGAUGAUCCUUCCACGGUAAACCAUUCUGCAUGGUAAGUUCCUGUUUGCAUACUUUGUCAUCGGUUUUGGAGCCCCGCAACGCUGAGCACAAAAUGUCUUUCCCACGCCUCUUGGUCUAUAUGUAGCCGAGAGUCGACUGGAGAAGAACUCCACAAGAGAACUGAAUGGCUGUAUUCAUAAAACCUUCCUCCCAACGGCACACUGCCUUUUGCACAAAAACAACCAGUGUCUUUAUUUUCUAAAAAUCAACCAAACCCAAAGACCAGAUUGAAGACGACCCCAAGUUCUUCUUCACUCACCCCUACAAAAGCCUGAAUCAGCUUGACCACCUGAAGAGCCUUCACACCCCAGCCUCAACCCUCCAUCCUCCUCUGUCCUCUACGCACCACCGUCUACCCUCCGUCCUCCGGCAUCCUCCGUUCUCCACCCUCCAACCCUCCACCCAGAUCCAAGAUGGCGGCGGCGGCACUGGUCACGGAGAACUUCAAGUUCGUCUCGCUCUUCUUCAAGAGCAAGGACGUGAUGAUCUUCAACGGGCUGAUCGCGUUGGGCACCGUGGCCAGCCAGACAGCAUACAACGUGUUCGCCUUCAGCUGCCCCUGCUCCCCUGAGAGGAACCACCGCUACGGGCUGGCCGCCAUCGGAGUUCCCGCCCUGGUCUUCUUCCUCCUGGGGGUCAUGAUGAACCGCAGCACCUGGGACCUGCUGUCGGAAUGCCGCCUCAGGUGCUGCCGAAGGCUGGCCGCGGUGUCCGUGUUCGCCGUGACGGGGAACAUCCUGGGCCGCGCGGCCAUCGCCCCGGUCACCUGGGUGGUGAUCUCGCUGCUGCAGGGGGAGGCGUACCUGUGCGCGCUCAGCGAGUUCGUCGACCCGGACACGCUGGAGGGGUUUCCGAAAGAGGGGCGCAACGUCAUCCAGCUGAUGGCCAAGUUCCCUUGCAGAGGAACAGUUCCCAGCGAGCUCCUGCCCUUCUGGGAGGAGAUUGAGCGACGACUGAAGUACGAGUCUCAGCUGCUGGGCUGGCUGAUUGUGGCGGCCAUGGCAGUGGUGGUCUUCCUGAUGCUGUGCGCCAAGCGCUGCUGCUCUCCCUUCGGCUCCCAGCAGGAGGAGUACUGGAGCCGCUUCCACGCCAGCGAGCAGGAACUUUUCAAACGCACGGCGGCCGUGCACGCCAACCUGGUUGCCGCCGAGAACGUCAAGAGCUUCUUCGGCUUCGUGGCGUUGGACGACGAGGAGAAGGCGCAGGUGGAGGAGCACGCCGGAGCCUCCACGCCCGUCCAGAGCGAGGACUGGAACCGCGUGGCGGGGGUCUACCUGUACCGGGAGAACGGCGGGGUGCCGCUGUACAGCCGCUUACACAAGUGGGCUCGGUACCAUGUGGAUAACAACACAGAGGGCAUGGAGAAGCUCAGCUGAUUUAGAUAAAAGCUCACACUCUAUGAUGAGAUCUGACACUUUGUAUGUCCCCCGAUAAGGAGGGGGAGCUGCGAUGGACUGGCGUGCGCGCAACCUUCGAAUUGACAUUGACUCGGAGGCCUACAUUACAGUUGGUCCCGAUAACACUUGAACCACACAGAAAAGUUUACGCUACAUUUCAUAUGAGUAGGCUUAGAUUAAAUUUCCACAACCUGGGGUUGUGAUGUAACAAUACAAUGUAAUGUUCCUCAGGUGCAUUUUUUGUAAAAAUGAAAUCAAGGUUAAAAACGAUGCAACCUGUAAACCUCCAUGUUGUGCAUUUUUAUAAAAUCGAUCAGUUAAUUUGG